AUGACAGAGCCCAGUGGCACCCGGCAGGCCUCGCAACCUAGUCUCUUUACGAGAAGUGCAUCUGCCAUCAUAUCAGGUGGUGGUGUUGUCACUGCCAGCACAGAUGAUGACGGCCGCGAACGUGGACGCAGCGGUGCCUCCCUGCUUGAAAGACAACGGUCAAGAAGACAGGUGAAUAGCUCUCAAGUACAGGACCGCCUUCGCCGCGAGGCGAUUCAAAACAUUAUGAACAGCCCAGCAGUGAUCCUAUUUACACUGGCCUCUUUGGCUAUUUGUGCGGGCUCCGUCGCCAUGUUCUUUUUCUUUGUCCGAGCUGUGUACGCCACGCUUUUUUACCACAAUGAGCCGUGUGAUCAGCCAUUGCUGAAGAUGUAUGUCAUUUGCUCUUUGGCCAUGGGAACAUUCACUUCCAGACUAUCACAGUGGGUAGUUCGAAACCUUCAGUCUCAGCAGAGAUCCACACGCACUGUGUGGCUUUGCUCGACAUUAGUGGCCAUGGUGCCUGGCUGGAUCGUCCUGUAUUGGGGAUACUCUUUGAUCCAGAAGUGCCAUACCUGCCAAACCACCAAUCCGAUCCUCUUUUCCCACCUGAAAUCCUACAUCUACUUUCAGAUUGUAGCUGCAAUGACGUAUCUAGUGGUUUGUGUCCCAGCGCUGUCGUUUGCUCAUCGAUUUUUGCUGCUGAUGCAGCAGAUCAACAUGGGCGAAGGGAUGAAGGGCUGUGCUGACAAGAUCAAAGAUCUUCCGAAGGUUGCCAAUAAUGCCCCGGAACUCCGUGAUCCUGACGAUGGCAGUUUGAUGGAGUGUUGCAUUUGCCUCACCUCCUUUGCUUCUCAAAAGGUGGUACGCACACCGUGUGGCCACUACUUCCAUGAGCAUUGUUUGAGUCACUGGUGUCAAGCCCACGUGAGCUGCCCUUUGUGCAAAAGCUUGGUGGCCGAUCCAGAAAAUCCAGGUGAAAUGAGCGCGACAAACAGCAGUAGCAGCUAG